GCAGCAGUAUCCGAAGUGGCCCUCACAGACCCUGGCCCCGCUUCUCUCCUCAGAUCAAGGCACUGCAGGCAAGACGUGACUGCAGCUGACCCCCGGCCUCCUUGGCCCAGCCUCACAGACUGACAUCCCCAAGAAAGGCCUGGCUGUCAAGGAUGGGAAGGAAGUUGGAGGUCCCUUCCUCUUGUUCUCCUGUCCAACAGUACUAGUUGGAUUCUCACAGGGACCUGGCUACCCCGGGAGCUGCACCUGAAUCCUGAGGCUUGAGUUGCCUUCUCUACCAGAGCCAGAUCCGACCCCCACUCCAAACAGGUCGGCCCAGCCAUGACUCUCCCCUGGGGCCUCUUCCUAGCACUUUUAGCAGUCACUUCUGCUGAGACUCCAGGGUGCAAGAUCCGGGUCACUUCCAAAGCCCUGGAUCUGGUAAAGCAAGAAGGACUGAAGUUCUUGGAGCAGGAGCUAGAAACCAUUACCAUCCCAGACCUUCGGGGCAGUGAGGGCCCAUUCUCUUACAACAUCUCUGAGGUGAAGGUGAACAAACUGCAGCUGGUCCAGUCAGAACUGUACUUCAAGCCAAACCACGACCUGAUCCUAUACAUCAGCAAUGCCUCCAUCAGCCUCCACUUCCGCAGAGAGCUGCUCUACUGGUUCCUUUAUGACGGGGGCUAUGUGGAUGCUUCAGCCGAAGGCGUGUCCAUCCAUACAGCCCUGCAGUUGGCCAGAGACUCUGGCGGUCGAAUGAAAGUUUCCAACGUCUCCUGUGGAGCCUCUGUCUCGAAGAUGCACGCUGCCUUUGGGGGGACCUUCAAGAAGAUCUAUGAGUUCCUCUCCACUUUCAUCAUCUCAGGCAUGGGCUUCCUUCUCGACCAACAGAUCUGUCCCGUGCUAUACCAUGCGGGGCUGGUCCUGCUCAAUUCCCUUCUGGACACAGUCCCAGUGCGCAGUGCAGUGGACCAGCACGUUGGUAUUGACUAUUCCCUCCUGAAUGAUCCAGUGACCUCAGCCAGCAACCUUGACAUGGAUUUCCGGGGAGCCUUCUUCCCUCUCUCAGAGGCCAACAUCAGCCUCCCUAACCAGGCUGUGGAGCCUCAGCUUCAGGAAAACGAAAGAAUGGUCUACGUGGCCUUUUCUGAGUUCUUCUUUGACUCCGCCAUGGAUAGUUAUUUUCGGGCUGGAGUGCUUCGGCUGGAGCUCGUUGGGGACAAGGUGCCCAAAGACCUGGACAUGGUACUGAGGGCCACUUUCUUCGGAAGCAUCAUCUUGUUGAGCCCAGCAGUGAUCGACGCGCCUCUGAAGCUGGAGCUGCAGGUCCUGGCCCCCCCGCGAUGCACCAUCAAGCCUUCGGGCACCACCAUCUCCGUCACCGCCGGCCUCGUCAUUGCCCUGGCGCCCCCCGACUUGCCCCAAGUGCAACUCUCCAGCAUGACCAUGGAUGCCCGUCUCAGUGCAAAAAUGGCUCUUCGGGGGAAGGUACUUCAGGCGCAGAUGGAUUUACGCAGGUUUCGCAUCUAUUCAAACCAGUCUGCCUUAGAGUCCUUGGCACUGAUUCCCCUGCAGGCCCCACUGAAGACACUGCUCCAGAUCGCAGUCAUGCCGCUGCUCAAUGAGCGAACCAAGCGUGGAGUGCAGAUACCGCUCCCUGAGGGAAUCGACUUUGUCAAAGAGGUGGUGACCAACCAGGCAGGAUUUCUGACCAUUGGGGCCGAUCUCCACUUUAGCAAAGGGCUUCGCGAAGUGAUUGAAAAGAACCGGCCAACUGGUGACCAUGGGCCCACUUCCUCUCCACCUCAAUCUGUUGCCCCUACCUCCUGAACAGGUUUCCAGAAGGUGUCAGUCAUUUAUUCAAGCAAGUCCACUCUUUCAUUCAUGGAAGUUCAACCUCCCCUUUUUCUCUCUCAAAAUGUACUGGAAUCAAUCCCUGCUCUUUCAAUAAAGCCCUCCCCACCCCCUUUUCCCAGUCAGGACUCAAGAGACAGAAGCUGGGCUAUGGACUUUUAUUCCCACAAUCACAGUCAAGCCCUGCCCUUCUCUCCCCUCUCCCUCCCGCCCCCAACUUCAGUUCCCAUAUAGUGACAUGUGCAUAGUCCUGAGUUGCGUUGGGUAGGGAACAGUGCAUGGUGAGUGGUGACAUUCAGGGGGCACCCUAGUACCCCAUACCCCAGAAAGGUCUACCCUAAAAAAUAAACCAGUAUCAACUCA